AUGGGAGACCAGGAUGCAGGCGAGCCCUUUCUGGGGAUGGUGGCGGGGGGUGCCACAGACUAUGAAGGAGCUCUGCCCUCAGACACCGUGUCGCUCAGCGACUCUGAUUCCGAGGAUUUGGGGUUAGCGGAUGAAGCAGAAGUUGAUACAAUAUCUCCUGAGGAGCCGUCUGUAGAUGAUGGGGAUUACAGAUCAGGGGAGCCCCCCGACUCUUCAAACAGCAGCCACAGAUCUCCUGUCCAGCCCUUCCACCUCAGGGGCAUGAGUUCUACCUUCUCUCUCCGUAGCCAGAGCAUAUUCGAUUGCCUGGAAGAGGCGGCCAAGUUGUCCGUGCCCUCGAUGCCUGAAGAUAAUGUCGUUGACGGGAGGUUUAAGCGUCCAUUGCCUCCAACCACGGGUUCAGGUAACAUGGUUCCAGAAAGCCUGGGAAAGCAAGGCAAGGCAGUGCAGGCCCCCAGAAGUGCUCCUGCAGUGCCUGACUAUGUGGCACACCCAGAGCGCUGGACCAAGUACAGCCUAGAUGGAGUUUCAGAGACUAGUGACAAGACCAACAGGGCUGUGGCCAUGGAAUUUCUAGAGGGUUUGAAGAAGAGAGGGGAGGAACAAAGCUCAGCUACUCGAGAUAGCUACACCCCGUACUUCAACCAGGACCCUUCCAGCUGUGGAGCUGGGAGGAUUGUCUUCACCAAACCAACGAAAAGGGGUGUUGAUGGACUGGAAAAGAAAACAGCAGGGGAGGAUGAUAAGAAACACAUGAAAACAGAUCUGAAAGGAAAAUCUCUUAAGAAGACUGAUGACUCGAGGGAGGAGGAUAAGGUAGAGCUGGGGCACUUAGACAGUGGAAGUGGAAAGGCAACAGAGGAGGAGGAGUGCGUGGUGGCUGGGGACCUGAAUACAGAAGGUAACCUUAGCACAAGGUUUAGUGGUGCAGGUGAAGAGCCGUCGGGGGAAACAGUUGGAUUCCAUUGCAGUAAGAAGAAGAAUAGGAAAAAUUUCCGGCCUAAAGUAGACGAUGAAGGGGAGGAGGAAGAGUCCUGA